UCUGCUGUAGCCUACUUUUGUUAACAGUUAGGCCUACUGUCUAAUAAUAACAAGUAACUUUUCGUGUAGGCUAGGUUAGAAUUAAGUCAUCAUAGCAUUUCAAAAGUUCGUGAAUUGAAAUCUAACAAAAUUAUUUUCACCAUCAUAUUGUAGACUGGCUAGGCUGCAAGGAUGAAUGCAGGUGAUGGACCACAUUAUAACGAAGCAACUGGGACGCCCACGUCUCAGGAGGCCAAUAAGCCUCUUCAUUCACUUAUUUUCGGUCCUCGUGUAUUAAAAAACUUCAGCCAACCAAAACAACGAACGAACAUCAGAGCCGUGACCUACAACAGCAGAGGGCAGAGGCUUAUCCUCCUGGACUCAAGGGGUUGCUCAAGCUGGUCACUGGCUCGCCAUAUUAAUUCAUUACGCAGGGAGUUGACAUUCCCAAAGUUCCAGUUCAACAUCCUCAUCAAAAUCCUCUUCUGCAAGGAAUUCAAUGUGUAUUUUGGCUUGGGAAAGGACCGCUCACUGAGGGUAUAUAACUGGAAUUUUGAGGAGACACAAAGAGCUUGCACAGAUGAUAGCUAUGUGGUCUCUCACCUUCUGUUCAAUCCUGUGCUGAAUGAAGUAAUCACUGGUGGCGACUGUGUGCGGUUCUGGAGCUACAGACGUGUGGAGACUAACAAAUUAAAUUUCCUCCCCAUGUCCAAUUAUCGCCUCGUUCUCAGGCACGAGUUUCGUCUGGAGGAGGCACGACGGUGCACCCAUAUGGAGCUGGAUGUGCCACAGCAGCGCCUCUACUUUUUCUCCCACGUGAACAUCCUGUGCUAUGAUAUGACGGGCACCAUAAUGGCGCGGCUCAGGAACACCCACAGUGGCAUGGUGCUGGCCUCAGUGUUCUCUCCUUAUGCCAGGAUGCUGCUGACGGCCGACAUAGAGAUCAAAGCCUGGAGUGAGACAGGUCAUCUCCUGCACGUGUUCCAUGGACAUAACCGGCCAAUCACCAGUCUCAUCCUGCAUCCUACUACACCAGCAAUCUUCAUCUCAGCCUCUUUUGAUUGCAGUAUUCGUCUCUGGUGCCUCAACUCUCUCACCCAGAUCAUAAGCAUUCCAUGUUUAGAGGGAGUGGUAGGACUUGGACUGACUGAAGAGAACCUGAUGUUCUCAUGGUCUCUCAGGACUGUGCAGCUCUACCACCUCAACCACUUCCUUGACUUCUGGGGCUACCUCCGCUAUCCAGCCCUGUCCUUUAAGCUAUGCAAGGCUCCGGGCAAGACCAACCAACUUCUCACAUUAGGAGAUGGCAACAGUCUGCACAUCUUCUCCUGUUCCACUGGGAAGAAGCUUUGCCUGAUGCCCCCUCACCCAUUCCUCUCACCCCUGAAAGAGUUGCCUAGCUUUGCCUAUGACCGUCAGAAUGGCCUCAUUGCUUUGCUGCUAAGUUCCUGGGAGAUCUGGAUGUAUACAGCCAGAACAGACCCUGCAUGCAGAGUAGCUGAGUUGGAUGGGAGAGAAUUCCAAACACCAAACAGAGCUGGGCGGAGUCUACAGCGCCUAGAUGAAAUUAUUCAUCUGCCUAAAACCAAUGCUGUGGUGGAAAGCUGCACGAGCCUGAGCUUCCUUAACUCUGUCAUCUACUACCAGACAAUAGAGGGGCCUGUCUGUGCAAACGCUACUAGCUUCCUGCUGUGCGGCAUGGCGGAUGGACGCAUACUCUUCAUGGAUAUAGCCAUACGUAAUUUGAUGUACUAUGAGCUAAAAGUCCACAAAGAUCCUGUAGUGUGGCUGUGUCAUGACACAGAGCAGAACUGCCUGAUGAUCAUGUGUGAGGAGAUGGACAGACUGUUCCAGGCCUGGAGUUUGCCGCAACUGGAGACUCUAUACCAGAUAUGUGUUCCCAGCAGUAUCACAGCAUUCACCUGGAUGGAAGACCUGUUCUUUGUGGGCUUUCGCACUGGAGCAGUGAGACUGGUCAGCAUGGCAGAUUCAGGAGAUGGGAAAGGGAAUCCGAGGAGGUGGGACCAGCUCCCUGGAUCACACACUGCAGAUGGUGGGACGGAGUUCAACCCCUACUUGACACAAGACCAUAAAGGGGCGGUGCUCUCUGUGGACUCCUCCUCCUCUCUACAGCUCUUCCUAAGUUGUGGGUCCGACACGCUGAUUAAGCUGUGGGACAGACGGCGCACCCUGCUGGCCGAGGUGCAGCUGGACUCCUCGCUGAGCUGUGCGUGUUUCCUCAACCCCAGUGGUGACCUGCUGGUGGGCUUCCGCCUGCACCUCUACAAGCUGCCUCACCGCCACCUCUUCUCCUCUACCAGUGGCCUCAUGCAGAGCUCAGUCUCCCAGGCCUCCUUGACCGAUUCCUUUGUCUAUGAGAGACCAGAAUUAACAUUUGAUGGAAGGCAUGACGACCCAAUCAACAUGGAGAGUUACAUUGAGCCAUAUAAAGGGUUUGACUUCAGUGUCCCUCCACCAGAUGAGGCCUCAUGUAAGGCUGAUGAAGAGGAUCUGGAGUCAGAGUGGGAAGUUCCUCAUGCCCCAUCCCUAACUUACCAGUCCCUGGAGAGUUGUGUCUCGAUCUACUCAGCAGCCUCAUCCCAAAGCCUGUUCCUUACGCCCGGGCAGUCCCUCACAGACAUUGACAAGCUGUUGGGCAAAGAAUGCAUACAAAUCGAAGAACUGGAAGGACCUUCCUCUUGCCUCUCCCCGAUCGAUGCCUCCUCCAGGAGCCAGACUAAGGGUGUAGGCCUGUGGGACAUGUCCACAAUUCUGGGAGCUUGGCCCACUGGGUCACUGAUGUGAUGGACCUGACUCAACAAACCUCACUUGGAACAAGUCAAACAAAGACAUCUCCACCCCCUGACAUGGACAACCCCCCUGGAGAUCAGGGACUUCCAGUGUCUCGCUUUGCCAAUAUCCGCAUCAGUAUUUCUGCCAUGAAAGCGCAAGCGGAACCCCAA